CCCACUACCGCCAACACCGUCCUCGACGAUGCCGACGAAUAAAACCUAUCUUGACCCUUCCACUGCUCUCGAGCAUCUGAAAACGUACCAGCGCUCCGAUGGCCUGUCCGUGCAGGAGCUCAUGAACUCGGAGAUCCAUGGUGGACUCACAUAUAACGAUUUUCUUAUGCUGCCUGGAAAGAUCGAUUUUGGCGCGCAUGAAGUUGUGGUGGAGAGUAAGAUUACACGCAACGUCGUGCUGAAGACGCCUUUUAUGAGCAGUCCCAUGGAUACUGUCACAGAAGGGGACAUGGCUAUUGCUAUGGCGUUGCUGGGCGGCGUCGGCGUGAUCCACCACAACCAGUCUCCUGCAGCGCAAGCGGAGAUGGUUCGCCGCGUGAAGCGUCAUGAAAACGGUUUUAUCACGGAUCCGGUUUGUCUUACGCCAGAGCACACGGUCUCGGACGUCUUGGAAAUCAAGGAGAAGCAGGGUUUCUCCGGGAUCCCUAUCACUGACACCGGAAAGCUCGGCGGCAAGCUGCUCGGUAUCGUCACGAAUCGCGACAUUCAAUUCCGCGACCCCGACGUGCCGCUCAAGGAAGUCAUGACCACGCAGCUCGUCACUGCGUACGAAGGCAUCACGCUCACCGAGGCGAACGAAAUCCUUCGGGACUCCAAAAAGGGAAAGCUGCCCAUCAUCGACCGCUCGGGCCGGCUCAACUCGCUCCUUGCGCGCUCGGAUCUGUUGAAGAACGAGACGUACCCGCUCGCGUCGAAGCUGCCCGAGAGCAAGCAGCUGUACGCGGCCGCGGCGAUCGGCACGCGCCCUGCGGACCGCGAGCGGCUCGCCGCGCUCGUCGAGGCAGGGCUCGACAUCGUUGUGCUCGACUCGAGUCAGGGCAACUCGGUCUUCCAGAUUGAGAUGCUCAAGUACGUCAAGCAGACGUACCCGCACCUUGAGGUCAUCGCGGGUAACGUUGUCACGCGCGAGCAGGCCGCGAGCCUCAUCGCCGCGGGCGCGGAUGGCCUGCGCGUCGGCAUGGGCUCCGGCUCGAUUUGUAUUACGCAGGAGGUGAUGGCCGUCGGCCGCCCCCAGGCCACCGCGGUAUACGCCGUCGCGGAGUUUGCGAAUAAAUUUGGCGUGCCAGUGAUUGCUGAUGGUGGAAUCUCUAAUGUUGGGCAUAUCGUGAAGGCCCUGUCUCUGGGCGCAGGCGCGGUAAUGAUGGGCGGGCUGCUCGCGGGAACGACGGAGGCUCCUGGCGAGUACUUCUACCAUGAAGGUAAGCGGGUCAAGGCGUACCGUGGGAUGGGCAGCUUGGAGGCUAUGGAGCAAGGCAAACCCUUGCCGCCCUCCGUACAAAGCCGUGGGUCAGGCUCCUCUGCAUCAAAGCAGCCCCUCCCGCGCAAGACCUCCACGCACGAGAACGCCGCGACCGCGCGGUACUUCUCCGAGUCGUCCGCAGUCAAGGUCGCGCAGGGCGUCUCCGGGGACGUCCAGGACAAGGGGUCCGUCAAGCAGUUCCUGCCGUAUCUGUACACUGGUGUCCAGCACAGCCUGCAGGACAUCGGCGUCAGGAGCGUGGCGGAGCUGCAGGAGGGUGUUAGGGUCGGUAAGGUCCGUUUCGAGCUGCGGACUGCGAGCGCGCAGGUCGAGGGUGGCGUGCAUGGUUUGAACUCGUACACUAAGCGUCUGUUUGCAUAAUUCGUCACGGUCAACUUGGUUCUUCGGAGGCACACAUGGGCCUGUAAUUCUUCAAUCUUAUGUAGCCAUAUAAGUGUAUGUUCUAUGUCUGCUCAAAUCAGCAUAUCGUCUGCUCGUGUCUUUGCAGCUCUUCCCAUCGCACAUCAACGUCUCUGCUUACGAUGAGAAAUGCCAGUUUUCAUCGUCCCAUCAUCUCGGGGAAGGAAAUGACGAUUUGCCCAAGUCCCAUUGGGAGUUUGCUAAUUGUCC